AUGUGCCGCUUCAUGAUCUACAAGGGCAGAGAGCCCAUGGUGCUCUCAGAUCUCCUCACCAAACCCGCACACUCCAUCAUCAACCAGUCGUUCGACUCCAGACUCCGGUUGGACAUGAGAAACCCCAUCAACGGUGACGGGUUUGGCGUCGGCUACUACUCCACUGACGAACCGUGCAUCUUCAAGGCCAUCACGCCUGCUUGGAACAACGUCAACCUCAAUAAUCUCUCCAUGUGUACCAAGUCACGGUUAGUGUUUGGACACGUCCGAGCUUCUACCCAGGGAGUGCUCUCGGAGACGAACUGCCAUCCGUUUGCCUACGGCAAGUUGAUGUUUAUGCAUAACGGAGGAAUUUCUCUCUUUGAAAAGUUGAAGAGAAAGCUUGUGGACCACCUCGACGACGAAUACUUCUUAUACAUCCAAGGAGCCACCGACUCCGAGUGCUGCUUUGCGCUCUACCUCAACACCUUGCACCAGAUGGGAUACAACCCAGGCGACAAGAACGAAAAGUUCACCCACAACAUCUUGAGACAGGCGUUGGUGACCACAACUGAGCUUAUCAAGAACUGGCAGGUGGCCAUUACUGACGAGCCUUCGUUGUUGAAUUUUGCCGUCACCGACGGUGAAUCCAUCGUCGUGAGCAGAUACAUUACCUCCAAGACCGACGAGGCAGCAUCUUUGCAUUUCAGUACCGGAUCAAGGUUUUUCGAGUACGAGCCUGGCUUGUUCAAGAUGGAAAGACUCAACCGUUCGCAAGACGUCAUCUUUGUGGCCAGCGAGCCGUUGACCUUCGAAAGAGGCGACUGGAUCUGCGUGCCUACAAACACCAUGCUUACCAUCACCAACAACAACACCGUGUUGAUGCACCCGAUCGAGGACGAGUUCUACGAUCGUGGAGUCAGCGAGAGAUCUUCAGGCCUUGCCAUGAGCAAGGGCUUGAUGGGAGGGGUGCCUACAAAGAAUGGGACUGGUUCCGCUUCUGUGGGAUCCACCUUGGCAGAGUUGCCUCCAUUGUCGCGGGAGGGAAGAAAGCCCAGCACCGAAUAUGCUGUGUUUUAG